GUGCUCCAGAGCAACGAGGCUGUUUUCGCGAUGCCUGAGCCGGCCAAGUCCGCCCCCGCGCCCAAGAAGGGCUCCAAGAAAGCUGUCACCAAGACGCAGAAGAAGGGCGACAAGAAACGCAAGAAGAGCCGCAAGGAGAGCUACUCGAUCUACGUGUACAAGGUGCUGAAGCAGGUGCACCCCGACACGGGCAUCUCGUCCAAGGCCAUGGGCAUCAUGAACUCCUUCGUCAACGACAUCUUCGAGCGCAUCGCCGGCGAGGCCUCGCGCCUGGCGCACUACAACAAGCGCUCCACCAUCACCUCGCGGGAGAUCCAGACGGCUGUGCGGCUCCUGCUGCCCGGCGAGCUGGCCAAGCACGCCGUCUCCGAGGGCACCAAGGCCGUCACCAAGUACACCAGCUCCAAGUAGAGCGUCUCAGAUCGUCAGUUCUAACCCAAAGGCGCUUUUAAGAGCCACCAAUUUUUUCAAGUAUAGAAGGGCUGAAUUGCUAUUUUUCCUGGGAGGUACGUAAAUAGCCUGUUCAUUUGUAUGUCACUGGAAAGUUAAGUACUUGUCUCUUUAGGUAGCUGAAAUAUAGUUACUUAAUUCUGAAGCGCAGAGGGGCUCUGGGUGUAACGGUCUGUGCUCAGCGUAGAGGGUUACACCUGGCUGUUCAACACUUAAAAAUGAGUACGUGCUAUUACCUCUGGUCUCGAACAUGGCUAAAAAGCAGCAGCAACUUUGUCCUAGCGUUUUACCAGCUCCCUUUUCAGAACUCGCAAGUCCUGCGGGGGGAAGGUAGGUCGUCUUUCACUUAUUUUUCUAAAGAUUUGAAUUCCUCUUACUUGAUAGGUCCGGUAGAAAAUCCUAGAUGCUAUUAAAAACUCGCUUUCUGUGCACUGUACCUGUAAAAUAAAAAAGAAUCUUAUUUCUGCCUCUUUC